AUUGUCUUCGAUGCAGAGUGGAGGUGGUAUGACUCGACGACAAAGUUGACGGAUUAAUUUUCUUAAGUAGUACGAGCCAACGGCAGAUUAGAGGAGGACUUUUAUUUUUCAAAUAGACUGGAUGACACAUCAGGAGCGUCUCUUCCAGCUAAUAACUGACGAGUCUGUCGUUUAAAAGUUCGCCGUAAGCAUCAUAUGUCUAUAGACAGUAGACACACAUCCAAGGGAUGCACCCCGCACACUGACGUGGACGUGAGCACGCUCCGAUGCGCUGGUCGCGGAGGUAUUGGCCUCGGUCAGAAACGAUGAGUCGCAGUCGUCGUGCCCUGUCGCGGUAUCAGCAACACCGGGCGGCACCGAGCGAAGGGUCGCAGUCACUCGUUAUCGCGUGUCACGUGGAAUUAAACGCUGGUAUCUGAACACCCAUAUCAGUUAGAUGACGGCGAGGCGCCGUGUGUUGACAGGUCAUGGGGGCCUGUCUCGGCCACUGCUUUGCGAAAGUCACAGAUUCUCUGCCGUACAGGUUGGAGCACUGAUGGUUCUAUCCAAGACAUACCAGGAUGUCUUUCCAAGGAGAAGAACAAGUUGAAUUCAUGGAUACUGAAAGAGAUGAAGACCAAAGUAAAGGAUCAAAAAGUUUAUUGUCGUUUCUCUCUUUAAAAAAGCUUAAGAAAAAACACGGUGUCCCGGUAACUUUGGAACUACUGGAAGAUGGAGGAUGGUCACGAGGUGGCAACAAGUAUGCCAGAUUGAGCUCUAGAAACGAUGUUUCUACAAGUUCGGGAUUGGAUACAUCGCUUCAAGUUCUCGAUGCAAGAACUUUAAUAAGACAGCAGACGUAUGUUUCCUCCACUCCGGGAUCGUCGCUGGAUCUCGAGUGGGAACACGAAGGUAAUUUUCACCAUCACUUAAUCUUCCGGAAUGCCGAAUGUAUUAAUAUAUCGUACACCCAUACAGGGAUGCCUCUGCCGAUCAUAGAAGACGAAAAAGGCGACACUGAGGGCUCUUUAACGCAAACGUCAGUUAAUAAUAGCCAGCCCUCUAGCUUGACAGCAUCUCCUUGGUCUCGUGUUUCGAGUCCAAACAGUUUAGAAUGGGAUCCGGUUGAGCCAGACAUGGUAUGUGUCGAUAUAGACACCGAGCAGCUUCUGACCGAGAUAGAACGAUUGACAGACAGAGCGCUGAAAGAGACGGGCGAAUGGAGCAAUGCUGACACUAGCUGAUAAACGACUCAAUUGUAAUUAAUGGAAUUGUUUGUAUUUUUGUAUCGUAAAGACUUACCGCGCAAAGUUACAGAUCUGCUCUGUACUUUUGAACGAGAAAGCGAAGAAGUAUCGUACUGGCUCGAUAUCACGCAAUUCUUGGAACAAUAUAACGCGACACGUUUAUAUCGUUUCAAAAACAUACGCUGUACAAUUUAGAUAAUCGAGCACGGAGAUCGGACGAGUAUUUGUGUUGCGAUGUACCUUGUAAUAAUCUUUAAUACGAAACGAAUUCCUACGCCAAAUGCUAUAUAGAAUUUGCGAGAUAAAUAUUUUGACGGUAUUUGCAUACGUGCAAUAAAUUCGUGUACAUAAAUGAGACACACACACAUAUAUAUAUAUAUAUAUUUCUUAUUUUGAAAUUUAAAUAUUCGGCUCACAAGUGCGAUUGUGCAUUUAAUUGGACUUUAUAUCGUGAACUUUAGCAACGUCGGUGUUUUUAAUUUCGCUCACAUCUGCAGCUUCCGUUUGACAAUAACUUAUUUAAAGAGUAAGAUUAUAUAUCGCAUCGCGAGAUAUACGCUUUGUAAGUUUUUUAGUACAUUGAGCACAUUCCGUCUUGUGUUAUUGUUUUCUUUGCCUGCUUUUCAAGCUAUUCCAGAGUGACAUUAGAUUACAAUUUAAAAGAUACGAACAGAGUUUAAAGUGCAUAAAACGGCAGAUCAAAUAACUGGGAAAAUACGAGAAAUAGCGCAAGUGUACAAAACUGAAAUAGCAGGGAAUUGUUUUAUCGUAGUGGAGUGCACGCGAAAAAUAUCUGAAACAGUUAUGAUAUAAACAAUACGCGUAGGAUGCCUUAAUGUAGAUAAUAAAAAUUACAAAUUUGUUUAGAACUGCAGUUAUGUUAUCCACAUUUUAUACAUUUUAAUAGAUAUUUCCGUUAUAUUGUUGUACACGACCUAAAGAUGACCUCUACACACUCACGUACACACCAAGUUUAAGAAAUACGUUGGGUUUUUUUUUCUUUUUUUUUUAUAUAUUCGGAUGUUAGAAGUAAGCACUCCCGAAGAGACGUGUCAUAUCAAUUUAAAAAGAGAUUGUAGAUUGAUAAAUGUAAACGCGAAAAUGUGUGGAAUUGAAGAACAUCAUUAUAUUUGGGCUGUAAUAAGUGUUAAGAGGUAAUAUGUUUAUAUGCUUUAAUAAAUAGUUACUUUAUUAUA